AUGUCCGAAGAUAAUCGUGAAAGGAGACCUUCUGUCGGUGCCCCGGUUUCAGAGCUCCAGGGCCCUGUUGGCCCUGGGUUUAGUCGCCCCAAACACAAGAGAACCUACACGGGCUUUGGACCCGCAGAGACCAAGAGCGUCGAGGCCAGCAUCCCAGAGCCAUUGAGGGAGCUAUGGAGGGCCCAUUCUGUUAAAGGGUUCGCAAAUAAGGAGGAGUUUGAGAAAGAGCUGGUACGCCAUGUGGAAACCACACUGGCUCGCUCGCUUUACAAUUGUGAUGAGCUAGCCGCAUACGCAGGAACCGCACUUGCCUUUCGAGAUCGUUUGAUCAUCGACUGGAACAAAACUCAGCAACGCCAGUCCUUCAAAGACCAGAAAAGGGUAUACUAUCUUUCUCUCGAGUUCCUGAUGGGCAGGGCGCUGGACAACGCUAUGCUUAACAUUAAGAUGAAGGAUGUCGCUAGAGGUAAGGGCCUGAAAGAUCUGGGAUUUCGUAUCGAGGAUGUUAUCAAUCAAGAGCAUGAUGCUGCCCUUGGCAACGGAGGCUUAGGUCGACUGGCAGCGUGCUUGCUCGACAGUCUGGCGACAUUGAACUACCCUGCUUGGGGUUACGGCCUGCGUUACCGCUACGGAAUUUUUAAGCAAGACAUUGUGGAUGGUUAUCAAGUGGAAGUCCCGGACUAUUGGCUUGAUUUUAACCCCUGGGAAUUUCCUCGACAUGAAAUCACGGUCGAUAUUCAGUUCUACGGGUGGGUGAGGAAAUACCAGGAUGAGAAUGGCAGAACUGUCCACUCGUGGCAGGAUGGUGAAACCGUUCAAGCAGUGGCAUAUGACAUGCCUAUCCCUGGUUAUGGGACCGACACAACAAACAACCUUCGGCUAUGGUCGAGUAAAGCAAGUAGUGGAGAGUUUGAUUUCCAGAAGUUCAAUGCCGGUGACUAUGAAAGUGCAGUCGCAGAACAACAGCGCGCGGAAACAAUCUCAGCCGUCCUAUACCCGAACGACAACCUCGAGAGAGGAAAAGAACUCCGACUAAAACAGCAGUACUUCUGGUGUGCUGCUUCAUUGCAUGAUAUUGUUCGGAGGUUCAAGAAAACAAAGAGAGCAUGGGGCGAAUUUCCCGACCAAGUUGCCAUCCAGCUUAACGAUACUCACCCAACGCUGGCUAUAGUAGAGCUACAGCGCAUCUUAGUUGACCAGGAAGGCCUAGAAUGGGAUGACGCGUGGAAAAUAGUAACCAAUACUUUUGGCUAUACCAAUCAUACGGUCUUGCCAGAGGCAUUAGAGAAAUGGUCUGUUCCUUUGAUGCAGAACCUCUUGCCACGACACAUGCAGAUUAUCUUCGACAUCAAUUUGUUUUUCCUUCAUGCCGUGGAGAGGAAGUUCCCAGAUGACAGGGAUUUGUUGUCUCGGGUGUCAAUUAUCGAAGAAUCGCAUCCCAAGAUGAUCCGAAUGGCUUACAUAGCGAUUGUUGGUUCCCACAAGGUCAAUGGAGUUGCAGAGUUACAUUCCGAUUUACUCAAGACAACACUAUUCAAGGAUUUUGUUGAAAUUUAUGGUCCUGACCGAUUCACAAAUGUCACAAAUGGCAUUACUCCUCGACGUUGGCUACACCAGGCCAACCCACGGCUCUCAGAUUUGAUUGCUUCCAAGCUUGGGGGCCACCAGUUUCUGACAGAUCUGACACUACUUGAUGGGUUAGAAGCUUUUGUUGAUGACAAGGAGUUCCGCAAUGAAUGGGCAGAGAUCAAAACUGCGAACAAAGUACGACUUGCUAAACACAUCAAAGAUACUACUGGCUAUACCGUCAACCCGACCGCUCUAUUUGACGUUCAAGUGAAGCGCAUCCAUGAAUAUAAGCGCCAGCAGCUUAACAUCUUUGGGGUCAUCCAUCGAUACUUGACUAUCAAGUCCAUGACUCCCAAGGAAAGGAAGCAAGUCUUGCCAAGGGUGUCCAUAAUUGGUGGCAAGGCAGCCCCAGGGUACUGGAUGGCCAAAACAGUUAUUCAUCUAGUCAACAACGUUGCAUCCGUUGUAAAUAAUGACCCGGACAUUGGUGAUCUUCUGAAAGUGAUCUUUGUUCAAGACUACAACGUCAGCAAGGCCGAAAUGAUUUGCCCUGCUUCGGACAUCAGCGAGCACAUCUCGACGGCUGGCACUGAAGGAAGCGGGACCAGCAACAUGAAGUUUGUGCUUAAUGGUGGUUUGAUUAUUGGGACAUGUGAUGGUGCUAAUAUCGAGAUCACCCGGGAGAUCGGUGAACAGAAUAUAUUCCUAUUCGGAAACCUCGCCGAAGAUGUUGAAGAAAUCCGCCAUCGACACCUUUACGGUAAUUUCCGCCUCGAUUCUGACUUAUCGAAAGUCUUCGAUGCCAUCCGAAGCGGCAUGUUCGGUGAUGGGGGUGAUUUUGCCCCGCUUAUUGGAUCUAUCGCAGAGCAUGGUGAUUAUUACCUCGUGUCAGACGAUUUCAACUCGUACAUCACUGCCCAGAAAAUAGUAGACGAGGCUUUCAGAGACCAAGAUGAAUGGAUAGCCAAAUCGAUUACCAGUGUGGCUCGUAUGGGUUUCUUCUCCACUGACCGAGUCAUCAGCGAGUAUGCAGACAGUAUAUGGAACGUGGAGCCAUUGGCAACGAAAGAUUAA